CACGCCUACUAGUCCCACGUCUAAUUUGGACCGGGUGAAACUUACUUUUGUUCCUAUUUCCUGGCUGUUAGCUAUCAGGCUCGUUCGGUGAUAUUAAAUUUGACAUUUAAAUAAAAAUAAAGUCAACUUCACGUACAAAAUUUGGAUUUAAAACCAUGGCAGCAAACACGGCCACUUCUCUGGUGCUGUCCAGCCUGCUGUCAGUGUUGGUGUUUGCAGGCAUGCAGAUGUUCAGUAAACAGCUGGCCUCCUCAGAGUGGUUUACCAUCCUGGGAGGCUUCCUGGGCUCCAUCCUCUUCAUCUGCUCCCUCACCGCUUUUAAUAAUCUGGAAAAUGUGUUUUUUGGGAAAGGAUUCCAAGCCAAGAUUUUCCCAGAGAUUCUGCUGUGUCUUUGCUUGUCCUUGUUUGCAUCUGGUCUUGUCCACCGAGUGUGUGUCACCACCUGCCUCAUCUUCUCCCUCUUCGCCAUCUACUACAUCAACAAGAUAUCCGCCGCCCUCUACCAGGCAGCUGUGCCUUCCGCAGCACCGGCCAAGGUGGCCACCAAGGGGAAGAGGAAGAAUUAAUGGAUGGAAAAACACAACACAAUACACACGAGACAAAAGCUUUCAUUGGCUGAUGUGAGUCCACAAACAAUAGAAAAAUCACAUUCCAUUGUUCGGACAACCUCGCCCAUCCUGUUUUUUUGUAUCCACACAAGUCAAUUUGCUAUUAAACUCCAUGAAAAUCA